AUGACCCCAGGAGCUGGUGGCGAGGAGUAUCGGUGUCCACUCCCCGCAGAGCACGAGGAUGUAUGGAAGGCCUCUCCACUCGGCACUCCGAGCAAAUGGCCGACAUCCUUACAAGCACACGCACAGACGGCAGCAUCCUUCCCAUAUCCUGCGGCUGUCUUUUGGAAAGCCCGGUUGAUAUUGCUUGCGAAUUCUGCGUGGUGCAACGCGGCCGCCAGGAAAGGAGUCCAGCAGGGUCAACCACAGAGGGGCCGUCUCGGAGCCGAUGCGUGGCAUGCCGUGGACACUGCUUUACAUGGAGGCGAACCAAAGAGGAUUGAGAGCCGACACUUCCUCGAAGAUGGCGAGGUUCAUACAGUUCUCCUCAGUCCUCUAUUUGGCGAUGCGAAUGACGGUGCAAAGGCAGUCGGCGUGCUUGCACAGCUACUCACAGGCCAAAAAUCGGGAUCCAAGAUACAAGCAAAUUACGACACCGAUCGAGAAAUCGAAGAGUCUCACGCCAAGCCAUCAGACCAUCAUGUUUUGAACAUGUCAAAGCUUGGCCAAUCUGGUGAUAAGGUCCCGCUUGACCAGCAUCCGUUCUUCCACCGCUUUGCCGAGAUGCUCCCAUCCGGGCUGGCCAUUCUAGAUCCAAAGGCCAAUGCAAUCUUCGUCAACCAGCAGUUCUACGAACUCACGACACACCAGGGUGACGACCAGGACUUCAAAGCAUGGCCGCAGAGUAUUCAUCCGGACGACUACGAUCGUGUGAUGGAAGCCUACCAGAACGCAUUCGAUAGCCAGAAACAGCUACGGACAGAGUUCAGAGCUUUAGGCCAGAAGCACCCCUGGCGUCUGCUACUGCUCAUGCCGCUGGGUGAUGAGAACCUGGAGCACGUCAGCCUACGAGAGUAUGGUGGUUUCGUUUGUAGCAUUGUCGACAUCACUUCUGAAAAGAGCGCAGAGCUUGCAGAACGGGAAGCAGCAAAGGAAGCCCUAGAACGGAAGGGGCAGCAGGAGAAGUUCAUUGACAUGAUCUCGCAUGAAAUCCGCAACCCUCUCUCAGCUAUAGUACACUGUGCAGAGGAUAUCGAAGAAGCCCUCAAAGGCAACGAUACUAUCACCAGCGUCGGCCAAAUCAGAGAAUCACUCGAGACCAUUCACUUGUGUCUGCAGCAUCAAAGAAAUAUAGUUGACGACGUGCUAUCCUUUAGCAAACUCGACGCUUCCAUGCUACUUUUGCGACCCAAAGCCUGUCGGCCGAGUCGACAGCUCGCAAGUACGAUGAAAAUGUUUCAUCCCGAGUUUCGAAAGCAGAAAAUGGGCUUUGACUACCGCGUCGAUGAUGCUUAUAAAGACUGCAGCGUGGAGCAAGUUAUGGCUGAUGAGUCUCGUAUCGGACAAGUGCUUGUCAAUUUACUUUCUAACGCCAUCAAAUUCACCGCUCGCAAAGACGGAGAAAAGAAGAUCCAAGUCCGGAUCGCUGCUAGCUACAGUUCGCCGGCCUCGUACCCACCAGACGUCGUCUUCUUCAAACCUCCGGAAACAGCCAAGCGGAUGGACAUGACCGAGCAGGCGGAUUGGGGCGAGGGUGACCCAUUGUACAUUAUGGUUGCCGUGAAGGAUACUGGUAUCGGUAUCAACAAUGAGGGGCAGAAGCGGCUGUUCGAGCGGUUCCACCAGGCCACGCCCAAGACGGAGGCGAACUAUGGUGGGUCUGGCUUGGGACUAAACAUCUGCCGCAAGAUAUGCCAGCUGCAUGGUGGCGAAAUUGGCGUGUCUUCUGUAGAGGGCGAGGGAAGUACGUUCGGCUUCUUCUUCAAGGUGAGAAGAUGUGGACUGGACAACAUGUCUAAUUCGACGCACGAAAGCGAAGACGCAUCGGAAGAGAGCACGCAGUCGGAGGAUGCACAACCAGAAGAGGACAUCAAAGUGCCUAACAGAGCACCGCCCGGCGAGCUGAACACGGAAACGUCAGCCCAGUCGUUGAAUACGAUGUAUCUGGAGGAAAGAUCUAAGUCACAGCCAUCGGCCACCCAGGAAGUUCCAGACAGGCAGGAGGAAAAGUCUGCUCAGCAGGAGAAUGCAGGGUCCGGCGCAAAGCUAGAUGGUGCGGGCGAAGCUGCAAAUACUGAAGCUUCACGAGCGGCGUCGCCAUCCAGCAGACAGACGCAUGUUCUUCUUGUAGAGGACAACAUCAUCAACCAAAAAGUCCUCCGCCGCAAAUUCGAAGCCCGCGACUUCCGCGUCACCACCGCCAAUAAUGGCCGCGAAGCCGUCGAAGCCGUCAAAGCUAUUGGAGCCGACGGCACCGCCCUCGACAUCAUCCUCAUGGACGAACAUAUGCCAGUGCUGGACGGCAGCAGCGCUACCAGGCAGAUAAGACAAAUGGAGCAGAAGGGCGAAGUGGCGAAAGUGCCGAUUCUGGGGCUAACGGCGAAUGUGAGGACCGAGCAGACGGAUGCGAUGAUUGAGAGCGGGAUGGAUGAUGUUAUCAGUAAGCCAUAUAAGACGGAGGAGAUGGUUGAUCGGUUGGAGAGGUUGGUUAAGCGGAAUUCUGUGGGUGGAGGAGAGGGAGGGAAAGGCCAGGAAGGAUGA